CAUGAGGUCCAGCACUACACCAACCAAUUGGCGAAAGACACGAACAAUAACCUCAAAGAGUUGGCACAACUGCCACAACCAACUAAUGUCUCGGAACAGAAACAGAGACGUAUGCUGAGGGAGAGACUCACGAAUGACUUCUCGGAAGCGCUGAAGAACUUUCAAGUGAUUCAACGGACGGCCGCAUCCAAGGAGAAGGAGAGUGUGAUCAGAGUCCGGACUAACUCUGGACUCAAUUCUAGUAAUGUGUGGAACCACUACUCAUCCAGAAAACCAUCAAAUCUGAGUAAUUUGCAGAGGUUUGGGUCCAUGACUAACAACAGCUGUUCCGUACGCCUGGCCGGCACCACACCCUACAGCCUAUCGCUGCGCAACCAUUUGGCGCCAAUGCUGACGGUGAAGCCAAUGCCGCCCCGGCAUCAGGUGGUGGACGUGUCGGACGAGUUGAGCGCCGCCUCCAGACGUAUAUUAGAGAAGUUGGAGAAGGCGUCGACACCCGUACAGGACGCCCGACGACAGCCGUACAGCUCGCGGUCGGAGCUGAAGGACUACUUUCACUCCUCGCACUACCUGUUCAGGCAUAACAAGAGGCCUAAGUUGGGUCCGCCAACCGGCGCCUCACCCCUGGCCACCGCCUCGACCACCGAUUACAAGUUCCCGACCCAGAAAUGGGAG